CAAAUAAACAUUAGAAUACAUAUUAUUAUUAUUAUUAUUAUUUAUUAUUUAUUUUAUCUAAUAACUAACAAUGAUAACUGUCAACGAUAACGAACUAACGACCAUCAUUAUUAAAUAUUAAAUUCCUCAAGUCAAAAACAGAACACAAAAGUCCUCAUUCAUUAAUUGUUGUAUCGAUAAAUUAUCGACGAUAAUCGACAAUUUAACAUGAAGCCUGUAGUAGCUGCCGAUGAAAUGUUCCCAGAAGGGACCAGUGCCAUAAUGGACUUGGACGAUGAGACGGGAAGCAAUGUUAUAUUUGAAAUGAGUGACAAAAGUCUACAAGCUGAUUUUUAUAAUGAUUUUAAUGAUCUUAACGAUGAUGAUGAUUUUUAACAUACAAAUGUUACCUCAAGAAAAAAAAUAUCCACAAACUACUUGAUUUAAUUACAAAUAAUGGCAAUGUGGUUGUGAAAGUAUUUUUUUUUUAUAUAUUUUCUCAUUAUGUCAAGUAUUUGUUGUAUAUUUUAGUAUUAAAUAUAUUAAGAUAUUAAUUAUA